CUGGUACCUCCAGGAACCCAGAAAGAAGAACCAUGAAAGAAGACACGUUCCAACCUAAAGAACCUGGGAUCUGUAUUUGCCUCUAUGAUCAAAACCAAUGCAAACCAAGAUUGUUUCUUAGUGAACCAAUUUAUUAGCGCCUGCUCCAACUUUUUGCAAAUAGAUUACGCAACUUUAGUAUUUACCCACGUGGAAAGUCCCAAUGUUUUUGUCUACAAUGCAAUGAUAAGGGGCUUUGUUCAUUGUUUUCACCCAACUCAAGCUUUGGAAUGUUACAUACAUAUGUUGAGAGCUGAAGUUAUGCCAACAAGUUAUACGUUUUCACCGUUGAUUAAGGCUUGUGCUUCGCUUUCAGCUUUGGGUUUUGGUGAAGCUGUACAUUGUCACAUUUGGAGAAAUGGGUUUGAUUCAUGUGUGUUUGUUCAGACUGCUUUGAUUGAUUUCUAUUCGAAUUUUGGCAAAAUUGGUAGAUCAAGAAGGGUGUUUGAUGAAAUGCCUGACAGAGAUGUUUAUGCAUGGACUACGAUAGUUUCUGCUUAUGUCCGUACUGGGGAUUUGAGUUCUGCAAGUGGAUUGUUUGAGGAGAUGCCUGAGAGGAAUACUGCUACAUGGAACACUAUGAUUGAUGGAUAUGCAAGAAUGGGGAAUUUCGAUUCUACGGAGUUGUUAUUCAAUCAGAUGUCUGUAAGAGAUAUAAUCUCAUGGACAACCAUGAUCACUUGCAAUUCUCAACACCAGAAAUUUAGAGAAGCUUUAGCAAUAUUUAAUGAAAUGACGAGUAAUGGGAUCCAUCCUAAUGAAGUGACCAUGGCAACUGUUAUAUCAGCUUGUGCCCAUCUUGGAGCUCUUGAUUUAGGAAAGGAAAUUCAUCUUCAUAAAUUGCAGAAUGGAUUUGAUGUUGAUGUUUAUAUUGGGUCUGCACUUAUUGAUAUAUAUGCCAAGUGUGGGAGCUUAGAUAGGUCACUUUCAGUGUUCUUCAAGUUGCGGGAGAAAAACUUGUUUUGUUGGAAUUCAGUUAUAGAUGGGCUUGCAGUUCAUGGGUAUAAAAGCGAAGAGAAAAAGAUUAAAUUACCAACCAGGAAAUUUUCUCCAAAAACAUUCUCAAUUGAUACAAUCUGACGCUAAUCUGAUAUGAACAGAUAUGAAUAUAUGAUCAAGUCAGCAUAUGGUUUUUGGGGUUUUACAUGCAGGACACCAAAGACAAUUGAACUCCGGGCACCUGCAUCAUUUGCUCAAUUAUAUGGACUCUUCUAGACUAAAAUCAUACUAGAGCUUUUAAAAGGGACAACUGAUCUUGCAAGUUUUGAACGAAGCAGCACUGUUUUGUUAUAGAUAAACAUAUACUUGUUAUUAAUUCAAAUCAAACUUCACAUCAGG